AGUAACAAAGAGAUAUUCCCGUCGAAAAAGGUCAUCUCGGUGCCGGAAAUUGUCACCUUUGAUACAUCGAAACACCUAGAGUUUAUCCCACCCUCGAAAUUGUACACGAUAGAAGAUCUAGGCUUCUCUGGUAGAAAAGAGGUUUCCCCUAUUGGUGUCUCGGAGCGGUUCUCACUUUUCUCCGCCGAAGCCGUCCAGCAAAUGAGAAAGGAGAUUUUGAACCCGGAGACGCUAGAGAUUGUCUCAAGUAUCGCUAAAGUUGACCUUAUCCCUGCCAUGGACUUCGAGAUUGGCUAUAUUAACUUCUCCAUGAGCAGCAAGGAAGAUAAAUCGAGGGAUCUUUCAGCGGCAGAGAAACAAGAGCGAGAGGCCACGGGUGAGUCGCAGGGAGGUGAAAGUCCUAUAGUGGACUGGAAAACUGAUAGUUACCCCUUCGUUUGCGUGACUAUGCUAUCAGAUUGUACGGAUAUGAUCGGCGGUGAGAUCGCCCUAGUGGUAAAAGUUCGAGAGCCGCAG